AGGAUUGGAACGUCUAUUAACAUCUGACCACUGCCAACCCACCCACAUCGACCACGUAUCUGGACUCCAGAGAGGAAGCAGGUCUUAGGGUGUACCAUGAUUUCAUUGCUCUUAGUACUAGCCCUUGGCACCUGCCUUACCAACUCCUUAGUUCCAGAAAAAGAGAAAGACCCCAAUUACUGGCGAGUCCAAGCUCAGCAGACCCUGAAAAAUGCCCUGGAACUUCAGAAUCUCAACACCAACGUGGCUAAGAAUGUCAUCAUGUUCUUGGGAGAUGGGAUGGGCGUUUCCACAGUGACAGCUGCCCGAAUCCUCAAGGGUCAGCUCCACCACAAGCUGGGGGAGGAGACCAGGCUGGAGAUGGAUAAGUUCCCCUUCGUGGCUCUUUCCAAGACAUACAACACCAACGCUCAGGUCCCCGACAGUGCAGGCACUGCCACGGCGUAUCUGUGUGGGGUAAAGGCCAAUGAGGGCACUGUGGGGGUGAGCGCAGCGACCGAGCGCUCCCAAUGCAACACCACUCAGGGAAACGAGGUCACCUCCAUCCUGCGCUGGGCCAAGGACGCUGGCAAGUCUGUGGGCGUCGUGACCACCACCCGAGUGAACCAUGCUACACCCAGUGCAACCUACGCCCACUCUGCCGACCGAGACUGGUACUCUGACAACGAGAUGCCCCCAGAGGCCCUGAGUCAGGGCUGCAAGGAUAUUGCCUACCAGCUCAUGCAUAACAUCAAGGAUAUUGAGGUGAUCAUGGGAGGCGGCCGGAAGUACAUGUUCCCCAAGAACAGAACUGAUGUGGAGUAUGAGAUGGACGAGAAGGCCCGGGGCACGAGGCUAGACGGCCUGAACCUCAUCGACACCUGGAAGAGCUUCAAACCAAGGCACAAGCAUGCCCACUACGUCUGGAAUCGCACUGAACUCAUGAGCCUCGACCUCCGUGCUGUGGACUACCUCUUGGGUCUCUUUGAGCCAGGGGACAUGCAGUAUGAGCUGAACAGGAACAAUGUGACUGACCCGUCACUCUCGGAAAUGGUGGAGGUGGCCAUCAAGAUCCUGAAGAAGAACCCCAAAGGCUUUUUCUUGCUGGUGGAAGGAGGUAGGAUUGACCAUGGGCACCAUGAAGGCAAAGCCAAGCAGGCGCUGCAUGAGGCAGUGGAGAUGGACCAGGCCAUCGGCCAGGCGGGCACCAUGACCUCGCUAGAAGACACACUGACUGUAGUCACUGCUGAUCACUCCCAUGUCUUCACCUUCGGUGGCUACACCCCCCGUGGCAACUCCAUUUUUGGUCUGGCCCCCAUGCUGAGUGACACAGACAAGAAGCCCUUCACUUCUAUCCUGUAUGGCAACGGGCCUGGCUACAAAGUGGUGGCUGGUGAACGGGAGAACGUCUCCAUGGUGGACUAUGCUCACAACAACUACCAGGCUCAGUCGGCUGUGCCCCUACGCCAUGAGACGCACGGCGGGGAGGAUGUAGCAGUCUUCGCCAAAGGCCCCAUGGCACACCUGCUCCACGGCGUCCAUGAGCAGAACUACAUUCCCCACGUGAUGGCUUACGCAGCCUGCAUCGGUGCCAACCGCGACCACUGUGCCUUGGACAGCUCAGCGGGCAGCCCCUCUCCAGGUUCCCUGCUGCUCUUGCUGGCCCUGCUCCCUGUGAGCAUCCUGUUCUGAGGGCCCAAGGCCUGGGCACACAUCAGCCCAUGACAGAUGGCCAGCCUCCCUCUCCCAGCACUGCCCUCCUGCCUGGCAGCCCGCACCUCAAGGGGUGGAAGGCAGAAUCUUAUGCAGCCUCCACAGCUGCCAUAAAGGGGACCCAGGAAACCAAAGCCUGCCGCCUGCCUGGCUCCUCUCUGGAAUCCUCCACCAGGGCCAGACCAACUCCUGGUCCCCGGCCUCCUCUCCCUCCCCACUGCUCCUUUGGCCAACAGGGUAGGUUUCUCUCUGGCAGCCAGAGAGCACAGACUGCAGGAUUCUCAAAGCAUCUUUUUUUUCUAGCAAACAUACUUCCCCAGACCCGGAGGCCCUGGAGCCUCCAUGGAACAUUCUGGAUCUGA